GCCCCGUGUGGAUGCUAUACCAUAAUAUUUACAUAGAGAUGUCAGCAGAUGAGACCGUGUUAUAUGUAUACAGCCCUUCGUCAUAUCACCAUGGUGAACACGCAAUGAUUUCUACGAAAUUUCUUGAGUACCACCAUUUUUGUAGCAUCGAACAGUUGGCGACUUUUUUAACCGCUGCCGUUUGGAGUAUUAUACAAAUCGGGUUUUAAUGGUUUCCAAUUUCAAAAUAUUAAAUUUCCAUGUAUUUUGCUGGUGGCUAUUGCUUUAUUGUUUAAAUUUGGGCAGUAUGUUUGGGCAUACCAAGUGCAUUUUAGAUCCAAGGAAGCGUUGCAAACUCUUCUCCUAAAUGCUCUACAGAUAUAGUGUGUAAAAAAUGUGACAAAUAGAAUAUCAAGCCGAGUUAUGUUUCGCUUUUCUUGUCGAGGACUCAAAGUACUUGCUGUACUGUCUGUAACGGCACUGUGGUUUGUUUACUCUCUGCAACAGAAGAGCUUGGAGAAUUCAAGAAAUGCAAGUAAGUAUUAAAUCAUUUGUAGUUAUAUAAUACUUGUGUCCAGAUUUAAUACUAGAAUGUCUAUGACUAUGCUAUGCUAUGUUGAUGUAUGUAGUAUAUUAAUGUACUGUAUGUAUUCAAAGUAUUUAUUUAUUUUGCUCGAUGAUAUUUAAAGCUGUAAAUUGAGGGUAAAUAAAGUACAUGUAUACAUUGGUGUAGUUUGAUGUUGAAUUGAUAUAUAAAACGACUAAAACAUUAUAAAUAAUUAUAUAGUGAUAUUCAAUCUCGUUCCCCGAGCCUGCGAUCUUCAGGAAGAAACGUAGAGGCUCUGGGAUAAUCCGUUGCCGGAAGCCAGGAAUCCUGGCUAAAGACCGAACUGCGCAUUCCAUAUCAACGGCCAAUCAGAUUCCUCCCUGAAACGGAUUAUCCCAGAGCCUCACGUUCCUUCCCAAGGAUCGCAGGCUCCUUACCAAGGAUCGCAGGCUCGGGGAACGAGAUUGAGUGAUAUUCAGUAUAAAGUUCAUAUCCAGUCCUCAAUCGGACCUGACCGUGUAGCACAGUUGAAAGAGCGUCGCAAGUUCGAAAUCCAGCCACGGCAGGCAGAAUUAUUUGCUUGCGCGGUUUGGCUCAUUCACUUGCCAGAAGAUUUCUACCUAGUGCAGAAAUACAGCAGAAUAUACAGAAAAUAUAGGGCUAUAUACUAUCCAUUAUACAAUAUACCAUUUAUCAACUACUUGUCUGUGUUGGAUAUUGCAACUCAUAACUUUAAUUAAGCCACAUUUUUUUUUAUUAGUUUUACAAUACGAAAUUGAAGGCACAGACAACAGGACUAAUAAGUCCCAAAUUCCUGCCAUAAAUGUAUAUUACAUUACAUUCAUUUUUCAUUCAUUUUAUAUUGUAUUACAUUCAUGUAUAUAAUAUGACCUAAAAUCUUAAAAUUAUCAGAACUUUCAAACAGUAUUAAAUAAAGUCAUUAAAGACAAUAUAUGCGUGAUGCAAAUCAAAAUUUAAACUCGAGUAAAUUUAAACACAUACACACUAUUACCGUUAUACACUAUACUUGUAAUAGUAAAAAAUAUUUUAUUAUUUUAACUUUAAGGAGAAAACAUUAAACAUGACAUAAAAUCAUCUCCAAAGACGAAUAAAGAAAAUACCACAUGGGAUGUUCUGAUCCCCUUGGUAAACCUGGAUCAACAUCCAAAAAUCGUUCGUGAUUUUCACGUUUGUUUAUCUUCAAUUUGCGAACACAGUAGCAUUGCUAUAACACUUCACGUCGUCACUGAUAACAGAAGCCAAGGACAGGCAGACAGAGUGAUUGGAGAGUUGAAGAAAGAAUUAUGUAAGGAUAAAGUUCAUGUGCAGUAUCAUGAUAUUGGUUUUGUCGCUCGAGAACUUGAACCACUCAUGGAAGUUUUUAAGGUGAGCUUGAAUUCUAACACUCCUGCAGCAGAUAAUAUUCCCUUGGUCUUCUGGAUUGUGAAGUAAAAUCAAUUUGUGGGAGAAUUCUGACCAGUUCAAAGCAUGUGUAUUAAUAUAUUCUCAUUUCUAAUGUACAUUUUGGAUUGGUUCGUGAUCAAAUAGUGUUAAUAAAUACCUGACAAUAUUAAAGAGUUGGGAAGUUUUAUAUACUCUCAUUUCUAUUGUACAUUUUGGAUUGGUUCGUGAUCAAAUAGUGUUAGUAAAUACCUGACAAUAUUAAAGAGUUGGGAAGUUUUAAUGUUAUUAUAAACUUGAACCCAGGGUAAACAUUUUCUUGCCAGUCAAUUGUCUGGCAUGUAAAAAAAAGGUGUAAAGCCUAUUUAGUGAUCAUGCAAUGUUUGGUUAGUAACUCCAGACGAAGGGCCAACGGCGAAAGCUUAAUAUCAUGCAAUGUAGCCUACAAUAUAUCUUGGCUUAACUGAUUUACUUACGUCAGCUUGAAUCAACCUGUCAAUAUUUUCUUCUCAUUCAUUUAGGAUUUAUUCACCAGUAAUCCGAAAUCGUACUUUAGUGGCGCCCUGUUCUUUCUAUCAAUCAUCAGUCACACUUUAUUUCCACACAUCUCAAAACUAAUCAUCCUGGACGCAGAUCUCAAAUUCCGAACUGACAUUCGAAAACUUUGGAAUAAAUUUGAAGACUUUUCUCCAAGCAACGUGAUAGGCAUCGCACAUGAACUUCAACCUGUGUACAAGCACACUAUGUAUCGGUACCGAAGUGCUCACCCCAACACCAAAAUCGGGGCACCACUUCCUCAUGGUAAACCAGGAUUCAACAGUGGGGUCUUACUUAUGCAUCUGCAAAGAAUUAGGAACUCAAGUUUAUAUAAGGAGUACCUUUCAGACCCAACUCGUAUAAGACAACUGAGUGAGAAGUAUUUUUUCAAAGGACAUUUAGGUGACCAAUGUUUUUACACUCUGCUGAGUUUUGAGCAUCCAGAAUUGCUGUACGUCCUACCAUGUACGUGGAACAGACAGUUGUGUACAUGGUGGAAGGAUAAGGGAUAUGAAAGGGUAUUUCAUUUGUACCACAAUUGUGAGGGAUACGUGAAUGUGUACCAUGGAAAUUGUGGCACUGCUAUACCAGACGGUUAGAUGUCUUGUUUGGAUGAUUUAUUAAUUAUUUAUCAUAGAUUAGGAAUGAUUAUAAAUUAUUUACAAUAAGUUUUAUAAUUUGAAACACUGUAUAAAGCAUGGCUGUAAAUUAUGUCUAUAGACUAUAUAGGAACAUAAUUUAUAUGUUAAAAUAAGUAUAAAUAAAAAAUACAAUAAAGAUUGCUUUCCAGUUAAGUGUUUUCAUAUACGAACGUGUACCCACGGACAGGAACGCCGGA